GUCACGUGACAGGAGCAGGACAGAGUUGGCGCUCGGGGGGGGAGGGGGCUGCGGCUGUGCGCAGCGGCCAUGGCAGCGCCUUGAAUAGGCGGGCGGCAGCUGCUACUGCUGCUGGUGGCGCUGCUGCGGGCAGUGGAGCCUCGCUCUCAGCCGGGGUGGCCUGUGCCUUACCGACGUUUUGAUUACCGCCCUAAAUUGGAUCCCUAUUGCCAAGCUCGUUAUACUUUCUGCCCUACUGGUUCUCCCAUCCCAAUAAUGAAAGACGAAGAUGUUAUUGAAGUCUAUCGGUUACAGGCUCCAGUGUGGGAGUUCAAAUAUGGGGGGCUGCUUGGGCAUUUGAAAAUUAUGCAUGAUGCUGUUGGCUUCAGGAGUUCUCUAACUGGCAGAAACUAUACAAUGGAAUGGUAUGAACUCUUCCAGCUUGGGAACUGCACCUUUCCACAUCUCAGACCUAAUAUUGAUGCACCAUUUUGGUGUAAUCAGGGAGCUGCCUGUUUUUAUGAAGGAAUUGAUGAUGCACACUGGAAAGAAAAUGGAACCUUGAUUUUGAUGACCACAAUAACAGGAAUUAUGUUUAACCAAAUGGCAAAGUGGGUAAAAUAUGACAACGAUACUGGCAUUUACUAUGAGACCUGGACAGUUCGAGCCAGCCCAGACCAGCAGUCUGUAGUAUGGUUUGAAUCUUAUGAAUGCUCUAAAUUCGUAUUAAGAACAUACCAGAAGCUGUCUGAUUUAGGAGCUGUUUUUAACAACAUACAAACAAACUACACCACUAUAACUUUAUUCAGUGGGGAGCCCAUUUAUUUGGGGAAUGAAACAUCUAUUUUUGGACCUCCAGGGAACAGGACGAUGGCUGAAGCUCUAAGAGACUUCUACUCUCCAUUCAAACCUCCUCAGGCUGUCAAAGAAUUCUUCUGGAAUCUCUUAAAAAUAAUUGAUCGAGUCAUCUUGCAGCAGAGGUUUUACCUUUUUUACAACUUAGAAUAUUGGUUUUUACCAAUGAAAUCUCCCUACAUCAAAAUAACUUAUGAAGAGAUUCCUUUACCUAACAGAAAUAAAUCUGGGUUUGGUUUGUAAUUAUGCUUUAGGAACCAAAAAUGGCACUUCUCCAAUGCCUCUUCUAGCAAUGAAGAAUUGUUUGUAAUAUUGGUAACAUUGCCAUGGAGCUAGCACCUAUGUUAAAUUCUGCCCUGGGGAGCCUCUCUUUGAUGUUGGUUGUAUAAAGAUGUUUUCUGUUCUGCCUUGGCUUAGAUAAGGAGAAAUUCCAUUUUCUCACUAGCUCCACAACAGAAUCCAGAAAUUUCAGCUGGUUGGGACCUUUUGUUGGUUAUGUGGAAGGACUGGACAGUUAUCUGAUUCUUUUUAAACCAAGAGACAGGGAUCAGAUUCAAAUAAGCAGAUCCAGGGCUUGUCAGUUUGCAGCAACAGGACAAAGCCACAUUUUGAGGAAACCAAUGUACAUUUCAUGUUUGAAGAACUCAGACCAGCUUGCUGUCUUUUGGCAGAGGACAACAGAUAGCACUGCUGAGAACUACUUACAGUUUUCAGCUGUCAUGUUUGAUUCUUCCUGCAACAUAAUGUGGUGUGUUUGGACAGCUACCAGCCUAACUGGAAUUACUAAAGAUGGUAUAUAUAAAGCAUAUGUAGAAAGAGUGGUUCUCACUUGGAUCCAGUAUUGGAACAGAUCAUCUUAACAUGAAUCACUUCAUGGCCCUCUUCCAUCAACAGGCAAUAAGCAUGAAAUUCUUUCGUCCUCAACUUAAGCCAAAGAAAACAGUCAUUUUUAGAUCUAUGCUUGAGAUGUGUAUCCUUCUUAGAUUGCUGUUUGUGAAGGAAUUUUUCCAGGCAUGCUACCUUAAAGUGAGAAGAAAGAAUUAAGUUAAAUAAAUUAAUAAUAAUAAUAAUAAUAAUAAUAAUAAAGGCCAGAAUCUAGUGACUGUCAGAGAAGUCUGUGAACAUAGGACACUUGUACAUGUGAUGAUCAUCAUGAUGUACACAUGACAAAAAUGUCAUUUGUGUGGCUUAAUAGCGUCACACAUUACACGUGAACCAGUUUUGGGGAUUUUAGAUGAGUUUGCAUCAUUGCAAACUAAACUACAUCCUGAUGUUGCAAAUUGCACAGCUGUCAACUUGCCUCCCGGCUGCAGGAGAAAUGGGCAGGCUCCGCAGAAAAAAAGGAUCAGGCAGGCCCCUUGCCGUUUCUGCCUUCAACAGGUCCUGCAGCUGACAGGACGGAUUGGACUGCCCCAGAAUGUGCUGGCUUGCGUGGAAAGGCAGCAGGAGAGUGGCUGGGUGUGCUGGCAGCUGGAAAAGGCAGCGGGGACAGUGCACGGGGCGUGGGUGCGGACAGCCAGAAAAGGUAGUGGGGACGGUGCGUGGGGUGCUGGAAGCCCUGGCGGGCUUGAGGAAACAUUGGAUUGGGCACCUCCAAGCUGGGGCAGCACCCAGCCAGCUAGCAGCCUGUCUGGGCUUCAAGCGUCCUACACACUGUCCCUGCUGCCCUCUCUGGCCACCAGCAAACCCAGCUAACAUCCUGUCGUCUUUCCACAUUGCCCUAGGGGCAAGCCAGCCUGCUCCCAGGCGACCCCAGGCAUCCUGCCAGGCAAAGGAGCCUGCUGAAGGCAGAAGUGGUGAGGGGCCAGAUCAGAUUUUUUUUUUCUUCAGUGGAGACUGCCUGCCUUUCCUGCAGCUGAGGGGCGAAAUACCGGGCCAAGCAGCCCCUGAGCUGCAGGGGGCCUCAGUCCUUCUCUCCACAGCAGUGGUGGCCCCUGGGGCUGCCCCAGCUUGGAGUUGGAUCAGGUCGGGUGCUGCCUCCAAGCUGGGGCAGCACCUGGCAUACUAGCAGCCUGCCUGGGCGGCUCCGCCACUGUGGAGGGAAGGACCAGGGCCCCCCGCAGCUCACUAGCUGCUUGGCCCACCUGUAGCUCACCCCCCAGCUGCGGGCAGGCUCUGACUCAAAAAAAAAAAAAAAAAAAGAGGCUCAGGCUGUAACACAAUGGAAAAAUUGAAACUGGCUUCAAUUAAAAACCCACUAUUUCAAUUGAGGGGGCAUAGAAUAAAACCCUGAGGACUAAACCCCCGUCAUGCGUACAAGUACCCUUACUGUUUUAGUUCUAGCAUACCUCUUAAAAAAUGCCUAAUGGAGAUAUAAAUUACAUCAGUGUUAAUGUGCCAUGCUAAUAAUGCUCGUAAGACUUUUUCUAUUUUUUUCCAAAAAAAUAUAUACAAAUGUAUUUUUUAUAUAUAAAAAGAAAACACAAAUUGUAUUUAAAUAUUAAUAGAUCUCAAAAUGGUUAGUUCUGUUAGGAUAAAUAUUAGAGAUAUUGGGACUCUUUAAUAACCUUUUUCCUGUGCGGGUCACUGCCUGAAUCAGCAGUUAUAGACAUGUCUAUUAAAGGCACCAUUUCAAUUGGGACUAUCAGGUAUUAAAUGGGAUUUGAUCAAGAGCUGGAUCCAUUCAUUAUAGGUCAUAGGCACAAUUGGGCUACCUCAAUCCAAAACCUGCUCAGUUGUUGCCUAAGCCUCAGCUUGAGGCACCUAAACUCAAACUUGAGUUAAAUAGGGAGGCACCUAGACUUCUGCUUCUGUGCAUGCCCACACCUGCCCUGCUCAGAGUAGCUUAGCACCUCGCUCAUGCCUGGUCGGGAUCCAGAAAGGAGACAUCCCCCCCAGCUCUGUCCCCUGAGGGACUCAGCUGAGUAGGCGUGCUCAGAGCAUGUUCAACAGGCCCCAGUAGGAUUAGCCCCUCAGAAAAUGCUUAUUUUAGAAACCCGUCUGGUAGAAGAGGAACCCAUCAUUUGCAAUAAGCUAGUCAGGGGUAGGCAACCCUUGGCAUGGGUGCCAGUGUAUGGCACACAAAGGCAUUUUGCUUGGCGCACAUGCCUUGGGGCAGAUGGCAGGGAAGGGGCUGGGGCUGUGCUGCCACAACAAGGAUCAGGCCCCUUGUGGCUCCCCUGCCAUCUGCCUGUGGCAUGCCAACAUCUUAGCAGUCGAGGUUGUGGGUGUUUUUGGCGCUCUGACCAAAAACAUUGCCAACCCCUAAGCUAGUGGUUAGAGAUUUCUGUGAAGUGGAAAUGGAGCUUUAAACCUAUAUUUUCUGCGCCCCCCCUCCCCCGAGACAAGGCCCUAAAAACAGUCCACAGGCUGUUUUGGGCAGGGGUAUGUUCCUUUCCUGAAGCUGUGCUGCACUGCAGAAAGGAAUGCAAGUUAUGGGGGGCAGAAAAGCACCAUUCAAGCAAAAACAUUAGGGUUCUUCGGUGAGUUAAGUAAUCUCAUUGCGGGGGGGUUCAGGGAGAAAGAUGGGGCUUUGACACCCUUAUACUGAAAAGGGAAGUAAUACAGUUCUUCCACUUGUUGGAUGAGUGCUGUACCUACUAAACGCUUAAGUAAAAGGUGGAUGGCUUCCUUUUCUGGCGGCUAUGUUUUAAGAGAAAAGAACAAGUUCUGGUCACUUCUUUGCAGCAAAGGGCAUAAGCAUCUACCUUCAGAAGAGGAUCCCAGGUGGACAGACUUGCCUGCCUGUAGUCUGAAGUCAAGUGUUAGGUCCAGAGAGUGGUGAGGUGGAAGACGCAUGAGAUAACGUGAUAACAGCUCAGCAUUACUUAUUAGAUAGCUGAAGGUGCCUCCCAGCCUCAGUACAUAGAGUUUUUGGAUCAUGCUUCUAAGGUUAUAAUUUUCUCUGCACUUUAAAGGAAACCUAACACAGGUUUCAGAUUCCUCUUUGGGGGCCACAUGCUUGUAAGUUUGGUGCUAGGCCAUUUAACAUUUAGUCACCUUAAGUCCCUUAUUGGACCUAACCCAAAAUGACUUUGGGGUCCCUAGCAGUAGGUCCUCUACAGAUUUGAAUGUUCAAGUCUCACUUGGAAAAGCUAUUAGAGGCAUUUUGUCAGUUGCAGUUAGAGUGGAAAUCAUGAUCCCGGCUGCUGUCUCAUAUUGUGUAUGUCUCCAGUAAUUAGUAGCUUCCUAAGGUUGUGAAUAUUUAUCAAUGAAGAAUUGUCCUUAGCUAAUUUAAGCUUGUAGUUUGCUUACUUGCUUCUGUAACCACCUACUUCAAAUGUGUAAAUUUUUAAUUAAAAAUAUUUGGUUUA